AUGCUUGUGCACAGCUACCCGGGCAUGGACCGAGCCGAGGGGCUGCCCGGGGCGCCGGCCGGGGCCCGCCUGCCGCAGCUGCCCUCGCUCAACCAGGCGCCCUAUGGCUCGGCGCCGCCGCUCUGCCACACGCCCGCCGCCGACUUCCAGCCGCCCUACUUCCCCCCGCCGUACCCGCAGCCGCCGCUGCCGUACCCGCAGGGCCAGGAGCCCGCUUACCCUCACCUGGCGGACCCGUACGCGGCGCUCAGCCCCCUGCACCAGCACCAGCAGCCGGCCUGGCCCCCCCAGCGUGGCCGGCAGGACGAGCCGGGGCUGCUCUCGCAGACGCACCGCGCCCUGGGGCUCGACCCUCGCCGCGAGUACCCCGCCGUGCCCCGCCUGCUCCACGGGCUGCCCGACGGCGGCCACGGCCUCGCCGACGGCCCGCUGGGCCUCCACGGCCUCGGCCACCACGGCCUCGAGGACAUCCAGGCCGUGGACGACGGCGGCAUGAACCUGCUCGAUCAGUCCGUGAUCAAGAAAGGCUGGCUCAGGUGCUCCGAUCACCUGCUGCUUGCGGGAGCGGGGAAGCAGCAGCUGAAGAUCGAGGGGGACUUUUGGUUUACUCAGAUGACAAGAGACAAUUUUGGUUCCCCAAAAGCCAAGGAAACAAAGCUGUCAGGCUUUAAUGGUAGCUUGUCUCCCUCCUGCAGCAUGUUUAUGGGCAAACAAGCUGCAGAUCAGACCAGGCAAACAGCAGCAGGUGAGGCUCAACAACAAUAACUCGUGAUUAAUGGCGAAUGUGGCUUUGUUUAUUCUUGUUGUAUUGAGGCAAUGCUGUCUAAUGGCUGAAGCGCUGCUGCAGGACUCCAGGGCCCAGCUCCCAGCACUGCUGCCUGCUCCAUGCCUCCCUCACGUCCCCCGUGAGUGCACAAGCUCUGCGUGACACGGCCACCCUCUCUUGGGUGGCCACUGAGACAGGGAAGGGCGCCAGUGCCACCAGAACUGAGCGCCAAUGGUUCUGAAGCUCUACAGGAGUUCCCACCUCCCAGUUUCCACCUCCCAGUUCCCAGCUCCCAGUUCCCAGUUCCCAGUGCCACUGGUGCUGGCACAGUGCUGAUGUCCUCUGUCCUGCUCUCAGGUGAAGCCAUUCACCUGGCCCGGGAUUUUGGCUACGUCUGUGAAACCGAGUUCCCGGCCAAGGCAGCAGCGGAGUACCUGUGCCGGCAGCACUCCGACCCCACGGAGCUCCACACCAGGAAAAACAUGCUGCUGGCCACCAAGCAAAUUUGCAAGGAGUUUGCAGACCUGAUCGCCCAGGAUCGCUCUCCGCUGGGGAACAGCCGCCCCUCGCUGAUCCUGGAGCCGGGCGUGCAGAGCUGCCUGACCCAUUUCAGCCUCAUCACCCACGGCUUCGGGGGCCCUGCCAUCUGCGCCGCCCUCACCGCCUUCCAGAACUACCUGGUGGAGUCCCUCAAGGGGCUGGAUAAAAUAUUCCUCAACAGCACGGGCAACGGGCACACGGCCGGGGACUCCAAAGCGUCAGACAAGGAGGUGAAGCAUCGGAAAUAA